AACAGACAAAGGAAAUAGUCUCAUAGUUUGAGGAGUGAGUAUAUAAAGUCGUUCCUUUUGCAAACUGACAAUCACUUUCGAUUCCUGCGGUUUAUUGAAGACAGCUCAUCAUGCGUGCCCAGAUCCUCGUCUUAGUUUUUCUUGUUGCCAUUGUAAUGGCCAAGGACGAUUUGACAGCCGCGGAAAGUGCCCCACACCACUACGACUACUACCCCAGUCACGCCUCCAGCCAUGGUUAUGGAUCCCACGGGCACCUCUCCAAAGGUCACGAAUCCCAUGGACACGGACACUAUGCAGACCAGGGGCAUGAGGGGAAGAGUGGUUAUGACAAACACGGUUCCCACCUGAUCGCAUCAUACGGUGAUCAUGGAGCUCAUGGAGCCAAAGAUGCACAUCACGAGCAUUAUGGCAAGCACGGAGCUUACGUGAAAAACAGCGGCAGCGGGUACGAGAAGGCCUACUCCUACGACAAGCAGGUCCACCUCCAUGACAUCGAUUCACACAAAUCCGGACAUCACGAUAGCCAUUCUGACCAUGCACAUCACGAUUACAAAAAUGCCGGACAUUACGAUGACCAGGCUCACAAAUCUUACGGGGCGCACAGCAAGCACGGAGGCCACUCCUACGGAAACUCCGAUCAAUUGAAAUCCGAUUAUGGUCAUCACGGCUAUGACAAACACGAUCACGGCAAGCAUGGCUACGCCAGCUCCUAUGGACCUGCCCAAUAUGUUCCAGUCUAUGCACCCAAAGUGCCAGUCUAUGCUCCCAAAAUCAUCGCAGCCACUGCUCCAGUGUACGCUUAUAAAGCUGGUGUACCUCAUGUCUCAGAAUACGCCUCCAAGGUAUCACCACCCUACGCCCAUAAGCCCCUAGUGCCAGUCUAUCAGUCCAAAGUAGCCAUCCCCAUCUACAAGCCAGAGACAACAGGAUAUUACUCUUACCAUCAUUAGAAUCAGUGGACACAGCGAAGAUUGGAAUAUGUGCUCUUGCAACAACUACAAACAGAGAGUGCUCGCAUUCUGUGGAUCACAGGCUGCACGAUGCUAUAUCAGUUGUUGGAAGAGGACUCUUUGUACAUUAUGGGAACUUUUUCAUGCCAUAGAAAAUAAACUUAUUUAAUUUUCUAAUUUAAA